CUCCGUCGCCAGCGCCGUCCUUUCAAAACAGACAAGAUGGCGGCGCUGCGGGCAAGCGGCGUGCGAGCUGCGGCGGCGGCGGCUCUUCUGAGGCCUGGCCUGGGCCUGCAGCAGGCUCCUCUCGCCCUGGGCUACCACGAGAAGGUUGUAGAUCACUAUGAGAACCCCAGGAAUGUUGGUUCCCUGGAUAAGAGUGCAAAGAACGUUGGGACUGGCCUUGUGGGUGCUCCAGCCUGUGGUGAUGUCAUGAAACUGCAAGUUGAAGUGGAUGAAAACGGGAAAAUCAUUGAUGCCAGGUUCAAAACGUUCGGCUGCGGGUCAGCAAUCGCUUCAAGUUCCUUGGCUACUGAGUGGGUGAAGGGGAAGACAGUUGAUGAAGCCUUGAAGAUCAGAAACACAGACAUCGCUAAAGAGCUCUGCCUUCCUCCAGUAAAAUUGCACUGCUCCAUGCUGGCAGAAGAUGCCAUCAAAGCUGCCUUAGCAGAUUACAAGUUGAAACAGGGACCGUUGACUUCCAAGGCAGAGAAAAGUGCUUCCAGCGCAUAGAAGCCUUUGGUGUCAAGGCCUGGAAGCCUGCCCCCGGCUUCGUUCCAGCUGUAAUUUGGUGCCGUUCCAGUAAGGAGCCACAACAUCACCUUAGUGCAUUAGAAAAAUGCACAGCAUACGCGCACAACGUUAGACUUCCUUAUGUCCAAGUGGGCAGACACGGCUUCCCGCAACGUCAUCUUGAGCUCUCUGCCACCAGCUUUUCUCUUUCCUUUGUUUCCACGUGUGUGAAAAGAGCAAAUUGUCUUGUGAUUUCAGUGUGAGAAUUUCACUAUAAUCUUUAGCAAGUAAUCAUUUGGGGCCUUCCGUAUGUAGGCGGCGGGGGGGGGGUUACCUCAAGGUUUGCUCGGGAAUGGUCACUUGGGCAGAUCGAGGGACCUCGGGGUUGCGAUAACACCUCCAACCCUUCAGUAAACUUGAGGAAUUCUCCCCGCAGACAGGGAAAUGCAAUAGAGCAGCAGGGAAUUUUCAGGGCAAAAAGACAGAUAGCACAGGCGGGCCCUUUUGCUGUAUUUCUCCAGGAGCAGGUGUUUGUGCUGUUGGUAGCACAUCCGCCUAGCCUAAAAUCAAGGGAGGGGACCUUGCCCCCAACAGCAGGCUAAGGCAGAAGCUACCUUUUCCUUCUCCUUAUUUUCCAAGAAAGGACUGGAUCUUGCCUUGACGAAGCUGUUUAUGCACAAAUUUCAGAUGUAUGUGAAGUGUAGCGUACGCUAUAUACAUAUAUACAGAGAUAAUAUAUGACUGUGCUCCAGUACAAUAAAUUGCCUGUUAAUUUCA